UCAGGAAAGUAGGAUCUUUAGCUACUACUAUUCUUCUAAUAAAAUUACCAGGUACAAUUGAUUCAAUCCUGACGCCGAAACUGUCUUUUAAAAAAGAAUUUCAAAAAUUAGAAAAAGAUACUUUUUUUACUGGAAGUUUAAUGAUGGCAAAAGCAAAAUUGGAAAAUGCCAAUGGUGAUAUUAGCUACAGCAUUGAUAACGAAUCUAUGUAUGAGGAAGUGAAAAUUACUAUUGACCCAAAUUCUGGAGAAGUAAAAGUUACAAAAAUGAUUUCUCAAGGAAUAUAUACUUUUGACAUCAUAGCGAAAGUGACUGAACACAAGUUAUUGGCGAAAACAAAAGUUUUAUUAGUGGUUACCCAGAAAGAAAUGGACUAUGCAUUGCGCAUUAUAGAAGUUGAAGAAGAAUCAAAUCAUAAUAAUAUACUUUUACUGGGAAGUGAAUUCUGUAGUUACAUAAUCUUGUCACAAACUCCUGCAAAAGAUUUGUUUUAUAUUGAAAAGAAUACUCUAAAUUCGAGGACUAUUGACCGUGAGUCUAUAAUUUUUUCUAAUAUGUCCAAUGCUCAAGUACGAUUAAUCAUUCAGGUUAUUUGUCCAUUGACACCUGAUGCUUCUCAUCGAGUAAAACGUGACACAGACUAUAAUGUUACAUUAGGAAAUAUACCAUUUGUCCACUCGAAUAUGCAUAUCAUUGCUAUUAUAACUGAUAUAAAUGAUAAUAAACCUGUAUGGGAUUCAAAAAUUCCCAGAACUAUUGGAUAUCCUGCAAAAGAAUUAUCGCAAUUAAUAUUGGCUUCUUGUGUAUAUAAUCUGUCGGCAACAGAUGCGGAUUUAGGAGAAAAUGCAACAAUUACGUACAGUACAGUAGAAAAUCUUGCAUUCUAUAUUCACCCAAACUCAGGAAGUCUUUACGUUCGUCUUAAUGUAAAAGUCACAGAUACUGUUACAGUUAUCGCUUUCGACGGUGUUCAUUCGACAUCUUUAAACAUAUCACUUACAUUACUGAAAGUUAAUAAUGUGGUCGCCCUAUAUUUAAGGAAUGCUGUCAUUGAGGAUAUUGAAGAUUUCCUAGUUAAAAUACAGAGCAACCUAACAGAUUACAUUAUAGGUGUUAUUGAAGCAGGAGUCAUUAACAACUUUGAUACAAUUUCAAAAUCGACAAACAAUUACUUAAAUAAUGUUAAUAGAAACACGUUGAUUCGCAUUUUAAUUUAUGGUAUUGAUCAACGAAACAGUAUGCCUCUUUCUCAAGCGAAUUUAAUAAGAGUUUUGAAUGCUGGUGGAAUCUCUAGCUUUACUGACGUAUUAAAAAUUAGUGCUUUUAAUGAGGAAGAAGAAAACAAUAUUCUAUUAAUUACUACAAUAGUAUUAGGUGCAUGUCUUGGAUUUGUAAUAGUUGGAGUUGCCACGGUUAUAUUUUACUUCAAAUUGAGAAAGUAGACAUUUAUUAAUUUUAACUAGUGUCAAUAAUUUAUGGAUAUAUACAAGAUUGAUCGCGGUGUUCCAGUAUUUUGUUAUACAAUAAUAUUUUAAUUGUAGGAAGGAAAAUAAGUGUGAAAUUACGAAAAUUGUAAUUAUUUUUAUUGUUGGUUGUAAUGUAUAAUAUAAUGUAUAAUAACUUAAAUGUAUUAGUUAUAAACAUAAUUCGUAACCAUUAAAAUAAAUUGUUGUUUUUGUAAGUAUACAAUUGACGAUUCCCAAGAUUUAACUCGAGAAUAUGAUAUAUACAAUUAUUAAUUGUUAAAUAUGUAUUUACAAAUGUCUAAGCCCAUUUUUGAAAAAGUUUAUCCUUGACUUUUAUUUGUUUUUAUAAAAAUGCUAAUUUAAUCGUAAAUCGUCGCUUAUAUAAACACGGAUAAAUAUCUUAAAAAUAUAAUGUAAUUUGAUGUAUAAAUAUAAUGUCUCUUGACUUAUCACAUGUAAGAACAUUGCAAUGUA